GGAAGCCUUCCAGUCUCUUGUCCUAGUAACUGUUUCUGGCAUCUUAUUAUGCCAUCACCUAUUCCUUUUAAUAGCUUUCUUCCUUUGGAGCUCUCCCCAUCUGCAGACUUGAGACCUUGCAGCAGCCCUGUAGUUAUCCCUGGCAAAGAUGGAAAAGCCUUCCUAGGAGGGACCCCUUCACCCAGGACACGCCGCCUGCCCCCACGCUUGGCCUGGUGCUCCAUCGACUGGGAUCGGCUCUGCCUCCUGCAGCCCCUGGGCUCUGGGGGCUUUGGGGCUGUCUACAAGGCCACCUACCACGGUGUGACUGUGGCUGUGAAGCAGGUGAAGAAGAGCAGCAAAAACCGGCUGGCGUCCCGACAGAGCUUCUGGGCUGAGCUGAACGUAGCCCGACUGCAGCAUGAUAAUGUGGUGCGUGUGGUGGCUGCUAGCACGUGUGCCCCUGCCAGCCAGAACAGCCUGGGCACCAUCAUCAUGGAGUAUGUUGGCAAUGUCACCCUGCACCAUGUCAUCUACGGCACUAGAGAUGCGUGGAGGCAGGGCGAGGAGGAGGAAGGAGGAUGUGGGAGGAAGGCUCUGAGCAUGGCGGAGGCUGUGUGCUACUCGUGUGACAUCGUGACUGGCUUAGCCUUCCUUCACUCGCAGGGCAUCGUGCACCUCGACCUGAAGCCUGCCAAUAUCCUCAUCACUGAGCACGGAGCGUGCAAGAUCGGAGACUUCGGCUGCUCCCAGAGACUGGAGGAGGGCUUGUCCCAGAGCCACCAUGUUUGCCAGCAAGGGGGCACGUACACCCACCGCGCUCCUGAGCUCCUCAAGGGCGAGAGGGUCACUGCCAAAGCAGACAUCUACUCCUUUGCCAUCACCCUCUGGCAGAUCGUCAUGCGGGAGCAGCCCUACCUGGGCGAGCGGCAGUACGUGCUCUAUGCUGUGGUAGCCUACAACUUGCGCCCUCCUCUGGCGGCCGCCAUCUUCCACGAGUCACCGGUGGGCCAAAGGCUUCGGAGCAUCAUCAGCUGCUGCUGGAAGGCUGACGUAGAGGAGCGCCUCAGCGCGGCCCAGCUGCUCCCCAGCCUCAGGGCCCUGAAGGAGAACCUCUAGGGGAGCUCAAGGUUACUCUCAACUCUUUCCCUCCACUUUUCCUUCAAAAAUAAUGUCUGUAGCCUCUUUGGCUUUCAUAUUUUUUUAUAUUAAAAAAAAAAGGUGUUUUGUUAUAAGAAAAUAAAUAAAGACAUUGAACA